UCCAAAUAUUUCCAUCGGUGCGUGUCUCCAUUCACCGCCACUGUCACCGGAAAAAUGCCUUCCGGCGACGAUGGCUCCACCCUCACCUUCCUCAAGAGAGAACUCGAAGCUUCGUUGGUCAAGAUCGAUUCGUUGGAGAAAGAAAACCAUGAACUAAAACAAGAAAUGGCUAGUCUUAAGGCACAAGUUAACACACUAAAAGCCCAUGAUCUCGAAAGGAAAUCGGUGCUAUGGAGGAAGUUACAGAAUUCUAUGGAUUGCGGAAAGGUUGCAAACGAAUCACCACAAAAACCAAAGCUUCAUGUUGAGGUACCAGAGGCAGUACUACCAUCAAAGAAAUCAAGUUCAAACCAUACUACAGAAGACAAUGCGAUGAUGAAUCUACCAAAACCACCACCUUCGCCGCCACAGUGGCUGCAAAAGAGGGUAAUGGCGCCACCACCGCCACCGCCACCACUACCGUCUACUCCAGUUGGAUCAAGGGCGGUGAGACGUGUGCCAGCAGUGAUGGAAUUCUAUCGCUCAUUAAUGAAGAGAGACACCCAGAAAGAGAACAAAAAUGGAGCCACCGGGUUCCUCCCGGUGAUGAAUUGCCGGGACAUGAUCGGAGAGAUCGAGAACCGAUCGACUUACCUUACCUCUAUAAAAUCCGACGUCGAGAAAUACGGUCAAAGACUUAACUUUUUGAUAAGGGAAGUCCAGGGUGCAGCAUUUACGGAGAUUUCAGAUGUGGAGGCAUUCGUGAAGUGGGUAGAUGGCGAAUUAUCGUGUCUUGUUGACGAAAGGGCUGUUCUAAAGCACUUCCCGCAAUGGCCAGAACGAAAAGCCGAUGCAUUACGUGAAGCUGCUUUCAGCUAUCGAGAUCUUAAGAGUCUUGAGUCUGAAGUUUUAGCAUUCAAAAACAGUCCAAAGCAACCAUUGGUUCAAUUACUAAGAAAGUUGCAAGCACUGCAAGACAGACUGGAGUCGAGCAUUAGCAGUUUGGAAAGAACGAGAGAAGGAACAAGUACGAGAUACAAAGAGCUACAAAUUCCAUGGAAAUGGCUGAUGGAUACAGGAGUAGUUGGUCAGAUUAAACUAAGCUCUCUGACACUGGCAAGAGAAUGUAUGAGAAGAAUAUCAACAGAAUUAGAAUGCAACGCAUCUUCACGAGACGGCGAUCUCUUACUGCAGGGCGUUCGAUUUGCUUUCCGAGUUCACCAGUUUGCAGGAGGGUUUGACACAGACACCAUGCAUGCAUUUGAAGAAUUAAAGGAGAUUGGAACCAGCAUCUACAACAAGCAGCAGAUGAGUUGAAAAUGGGCAUGGAUGAUCUGGGAAGACAUGAUUACUGUUCUAAUUUAAUUCUGGGCCUAUAUAUAUAUAUAUGUGUAUAUGUAUAUGGUGGAAAAUGUGAAGUCAGACAUGAAUGCAUGCAUAUGGAUGGAUCCCCUAUAUAUAUAUCUAGCUACCUUCAAUUCCUUGAGAUGAGAAUUAAUGGAGAUGAAAGGUAACCUUGUUUGGGUAUCUGUUAAUGGAACUCCAUAGGUGAUUAGAGCUUGUAUCUCCAUGGAUAAGCAGAAUUCCAGGAGGUGAA